AUGCCGUCACCCACCGGCACCCACGAAGAUGAAGAAAAGACCAUACAACCCCCCAUUUCCAACAACCCUACCCCAGACCCAGCCCUCCCACCAGAAGGCGGCCUCCAAGGCUGGCUCUGCUGCGUCGGCGGCUCCCUAGGAUUCUUCGCUACCCUAGGCUUCCUAAACGCCAUCGGCAUCUUCCAAACCACCUACCAAGAAACUCUCCUAAGAGACUACAGCUCCUCCGCCAUCUCCUGGAUCUUCACAAUCCAGCUCGCUCUAAUAUGGGCCCCAGGCUCCCUAUUCGGCCGCAUAGUAGACACCUACGGCCCGCGCCCAGUCAUGCUCCCCUGUGCCCUUCUCUGCGUCUUCUCCCUGUGCAUGACGAGUCUCAGCACAAAGUACUACCAGAUCGUCCUGGCGCAGGGCGUCGGGUAUGGACUCGGCGCAGGGGGGAUCUUCACCACUUCAUUGGUCUGCGUGGGGCAGUGGUUCGUUAAGCAGCGGGGUCUUGCUAUGGGGAUUACCGUUGGGGGGAGCAGUAUUGGAGGCGUAAUCUUCCCCUUCUUCCUCCGGCUAGUCAUGAAAGACGUAGGAUUCAACAACAUGGUCCGCUACACAGCGCUCUUCAUCGGCAUCGCGCUAGCAGCCUCCUUCUUCCUCCUCAGCGCGCGCCUGCCUCCCAAGAAAUGGGACUCAGACGUAGCCUGGAUCGACGUCACGCUGUUCAAGGAGCGCGGGUUUGCGUUGUACGCGCUCGGCUCGUAUUUCGUGAUGUGGGGGUUGUGGGCGCCGUUUGACUUUCUGCCAAGCAUGGCGCUGUUGGGGGGGAUGGAGGAUGAUUUGGCUAUAUAUCUGAUUGCUAUUGUGAAUGCGUCUUCGCUUUUUGGACGGGUUAUACCUGGACAUAUUGGGGAUAAGGUGGGAUAUUUCAAUGUUAUCGUUGCGUCUACGUUCUUUAGCUGCGUUGCGAUUCUGUGUUUGUGGCUGCCGUUCGAUUACCAUUCUUCGAAUGCCGGGCUCAUCGUUUUUGCGGUGGUGUAUGGCUUUUUCAGCGGUGCUUUCGUGAGUAUCAUGAUGCCGUGUUGCGCCAAAUCUGGCAGUUUGGAGACUCUAGGGAGACAGAUAGGGACUUAUCAGGGUGUGAUAGCCAUCUCCACUCUUACCGGCCUACCGAUUAUGGGCGCUAUCCUGGGAAGACAGCAUAAUGCAACCUACAUGGGCAUGCAGGUGUUUGCCGUGGUGACGAUGUUUCUUGGGUUUUUGUUUCUGUUGGGAUCGCGGAAUGUGCUGGCUGCGGCGAACGGGACGUGGAGGUACUGA